GCGCUUAUCUAAAAGGGACCAAGCGCCAAAUUGCCAUUUCUGACCUAAAUAUAUCAACUACCUGAUAAUAUUAAACUUUGUUUAUCUAAAAAGUCUCAAACACCAACUGAACGUCAGAGACCUCUUUUGGCAAAGGUUACCAAGUUGCGUGUUAUGAAUUACAGGAAUCUGUUUAUCUCUAAACGGAUCCAAGCGACAAAAGAUUUAUCUUGUCGCUUGGAUUUCUUUUGACAUUCUUCAUUUCAAUCAUUUGGUUUUCUUUUGAUUAACGUGUUUUCGUAAACUGCUUCUGAUAAUCCUGUUUAAGUGGUGCUAAAAUAUAUAAAAUGAGCGGAAGAAGUGCUUUGAUUUUGAAUAUGGCCUUAAUCCAACCAGAUUGUGGAUUGGAUAAUGACAUAGAGACUAAACAGCCAAACAACUGUAUGGACGGUGUCAGAACAAAUAACCCCACUGUUGAUUUGCCACAGCCAUCCACCGAAAUUAUUUCAAUGACAACUUCGAUAAACAACUGUUUGGAAGCAAACUGUGCUAAAACAAAUAAUAUCGAAAUCCAAUUAUUAGAUUUGCAACAAGUGCCUGGUGAAACAGGCAGUUCGAAAACUGAGGUAUGUUAAAUCUGUAUUAAAUUACAUAUUCUUUUAAAUAAUUUAGUGAAAUGCUUGUAACGGUGUUGAAAAUUCAAUAAUAUUUUAGGUUCCUUGUUUUACCGCCUCCAUUGAUUGUAUGCCAGACGAAGAUAAUGAGCUCCAUUUUACCGAUUUUGAAGACUCGGGUAGUGAAUUUGACCCGAAAGAAGCCAUAGCUGAUGAGUCUGACUCUACAGACCAAGAACAAGAAGACGAACAAGAAGACAAACAAGAAGACGAACAAGAAGACGAACAAGAAGACAAACAAGAAGACGAACAAGAAGACGAACAAGAAGACGAACCACAACACCACACUCGUCAAACAAGUCGGCCAAAGAAAGGAAGAGUUGCAAAAUAUCCCGGGCAGACUUUUAAAUCUAGAAAAAAAUUAAAAGACGGCAACAAAAAACACUACACCGUUAAAGGAAUAUUGAAGGAACCAAAACAAUAUAUCGACUUUCAGUGUAAAUGUACAUUAAAAUGUAAUGAACACGUUUUAUCCUCCAUAAGAGAAAAAUGGUUUCAACAAUUCUGGGGUCUUGAAUCCUAUAAUGCCCAAACAGCCUUUAUUGCUGCUACAAUAAAAGUACAAGGCAUAAAAAGAAAGAGAAACAUAGAAAGCAACAGAAGACAAAACACCAGGAUAUAUGAAAUAAAUAAUGUAAGGGUAUGCAGAGAUAUGUACAUACAGACGUUGAGAAUUUCUCCAAAAAGAGUAAACACUGCGUUAAACAAAAUCAAGGCCGGAAAUGUUAAGGACGAAAGGGGUUUUAAAAUUGGUGGGCAUAACAGGAUAUCACAAGAAAUCAAAAAUAAAGUUAUAAGCCAAAUAGCUAAAUUUCCUACAUAUAUUUCACAUUACUGUAGGAAUGAAACAGAUGCAAGAUUUUUGGCCACAGAUUUGACACUUAACAAAAUGUAUAACUUAUAUAAUGAAGAAGAAACUAAUGAUAAGAUCGGAUUCUCCACAUACAAGACAAUUUUUUACGAAAAUUUUAACCUACGGCGCAAACCCCCUGUAAAAGAUACAUGCAACGUAUGCGACUCUUUUAAUAUUAAAAUUAAAAAUAAGGAUCUUUUAGAAGAACAAUAUAAAUCUGAGCAUGAAAAUCAUCUACUAAACUCAAAAGAUGCACGCGAAACGAUGAAACGAGAUUUGGAGCAAGCAAAAAGUAAUCGUAAACUUGAAGUUGUAACAUACGAUAUGGAAAAGGUUUUGGGUUUACCGAAACUACCAACUAAUUUGGUGUAUUAUAAACGGCAACUUUCACUUUACCAUGAAGGAGUACAUGUAGGAUCAACCAACACACCAUACUGCUUUAUAUGGACAGAAAGUAUGGCUGGUCGUGGAGCUCAGGAAGUAGGAUCCUGCUUAAAAAAAUUUGUUGAUAAUUAUUUGGCUGAAGGAAAAGAACAACUAAUUUUAUGGUCCGACUCGUGCGGUGGGCAAAAUAGAAACAUAAAAAUUGUGUUAAUGUUGAAAGCUGUCCUAGAAACUCACCCUUCUUUUUACUUUCUUUUCACUAUUUACUUUAAAUAUUUGAUUCCCGGCCAUAGCUUCCUUCCAAAUGACACAGAUUUUGGGGAAGUUGAAAGAUCGCUAAAAUACCAAAUACGCUUGUAUACGCUUAAUGAAUUUAAACAAGUCUUAGAGAAUUGCUCUAAGAAAAAGAAGUUCGUUGCAUGUGAAAUGACGAAGGACGACUUCUUUGGCACUUCACAAAUUGAAAAAUCUAUAACUAACAGAAAAACAAAUAUUAACAACGAAAAAAUCAGUUGGCUUAAAGCUAGAGUAAUAAUGUUAGAUAAAGAUCAUCCUCAGUCCAUUUUUAUAAAAUAUUCUCACAAAGAGAGCGAAGAAUUUAAAGAAAUAAAUAUAAAAAAGAUUACCAAAGGUAGACCUUCCGAUAAUAAUAACAGUUUUUUUUGCAUCCAAACUUUUUAAACUCUAUCCAGACGGGAAGGAAUUAUCACAAAAAAAAAUUGCUGAUCUUAAAACGUUGAUGUCGUUUGUACCAAAUGAUGUAAAACAUUUUUAUAGAGAUUUAAGAGGUGCGAAUUUUGAAGAUGACGUAGAAGGAUUUGGCGAGACUAUUGACUUUGAUGUGGAAACGCUUAAUGAAUGUUGACAUGUUAUUAAAAAAGGUUAUAAUUGAAUGGUACGAACAACUACUUAUUAAUGUUCUGUUAUUUAAUAAAACGAUCCAAGUAAACAGUAGUUUUAUAUAAAAAGAUCCAAAUCCUAAAAGUAGCAUUUAAACAGAAUCACAUACAUUAUUUAGAUUUUAUCAAAAAAGAACCAAGCGCCAUUUCAUACUACAACAAAGAGAAAAACUAUUUUAUUAUAUUUUUUUAUAUAAGACAAAUAUCUAAACUCAAUCUUUCUCCUAAAAAAAUUGAGAAAAUUAAAAAAUAAUGAAAUGUCGAUUUUUAAAGCUGUUAAGUUUUUAAUCUUAUUUUACUCAAAACUGCAAAAUGGCUGUUGGUACCUUUUAGA